CGCCCUUAGUACAGGUGCUUGACUCUGUACACGGCAAAGACGGCCAGUCUGGCCUGCUGAGUGCUGGUUAGCCAUGAAUUGGCUUCUGGUGAGUGAUAGCUUGUGGAAGAGGGGAUGUCGUGUUAAUGAUCAUGGUGAUGUUGAGUUGUGCGUUGGAAGAAGCGUUGUGAAUGGAAAGGGCGGCGACUUCUUCGAACGUCAUCGCUGCUAAGGUAGAAGCUUCCGGCGCGUUUGUGACCGGUUCGACGCGUCCGGGGCCUUCUCCAGCUUCACCUGCAAGUGAACGUGGUCCAAGCUUGAUUUGGCCGCUUAAGAGAGUCGUAUGUCGAUCACGACUCGCAGUCCAAACACCUUACAACCCACCACAACACUACCAACAAGACAUCAACAGCAAUGGCUACGAACGGCAUCGUCCAUCCUUGCAACCACCCCAACGACGUGCUCAUCACCAGCACGAGUAUACUCAUCCGUUUCCGCUGCAGCGACUGUGGCACCGGCAAUCUGGCGCAAGUCCACGAGUGCCAGGACUGUAAGCGCAAAGUCUGCACUUCAUGCAAGGAUGCCGCCCAGCAGGGCAACAACGGCAACCACCCGGGCGGAUCAGUGAAUGGCGACGGAGAUGGUACGAGUCGUCCAAUCUGAACUUCCUCUGUCGGUACUUCCACGAACUCCAACGGCACGAACGGAGGAGCUGCGGCUUGGACGGCGGGGCAUACGAAUGGAGCCUGAUCGAGGCCUCGUAGCGGACUUGAGUAUGGAUACUCUGAGUCAGACGAUCACUGAGCACGACAGCGUC